AUGGAGAAGAUUACAGACAAGAUCGCCGCUUUGCCGGCAAACGCCAACUACUUUUCCUUGGAGUUCUUCCCGCCUAAGACGGCAAUGGGUCUCUCCAACCUCCGCGUCCGUCUGGACAGAAUGGAAAGGGCGCUGCGGCCGCUCUUUGUUAAUGUCACCUGGGGAGCCGGCGGAUCUACCUCAACAAAGUCCCUGGAACUGGCCGAGAUCUGUCAAAGGGAGCUCGGUCUCACGACUUGUCUUCACCUAACAUGCACAAACAUGAGCCGCAAGCUCAUUGAUAAGGCCCUUGAAGACGCAAAGGCACUGGGAAUUCGGAACAUCCUGGCUCUCAGAGGCGACCCGCCUCGGAAGAGUGAAUACCGCGAUGCUGAGGACUCUGAUGUGGAUGAUGCCGAAGACUUCGUCUGGGCCGCUGACCUUGUCAGGUACAUCCGCAAGAGCUACGGCGACUAUUUCUGUAUAGGUGUUGCGGCGUAUCCCGAGGGACACGCGGACGAGAGUCACCCCCUAGGACAGAGCUUCGAGCAUGACCUGCCCUAUCUGGUUGAGAAGGUCCAGGCCGGCGCUGACUUCAUCAUGACCCAACUCUUCUUCGACAUCAAGGCCUACGAUGAGUUUGAGAAGAUUCUCAAAGAACACCCUAGCGGCGCAUUCAGGGACAUCGUUAUCCUCCCCGGCCUGAUGCCGAUCCAGAGUUACCAGAUGAUCAAGCGAACGACGAAGCUCAGCCACGCCAAAAUCCCCGACAACCUCAUGGCCCGCCUGGACGCGGUCAAGGGUGACGACGAGAAGGUCAAGCAGGUUGGCGUAGACAUUCUCAGCGAGCUCGUAGAACAAGUCAAGGAGGUCAAGAGCAGGACGCCUGGCCCCAAGGGCUUCCACUUCUACACUCUCAACCUCGAAAAGGCCGUCUCCUUCAUCCUUGAGAGAACAGGCCUCAUCCCCGAUCACAGUCUUGAGGACGAGGAAGCUGUGAUUGACGACGGCCCGGGCGUUCCUGUAUCCAUCCCAGAGGUCCAGCUUAACGGCCUGGCCCCGAUCCACCCUGCCGCGCGUGCACUGUCCGGGCGCCGACAUUCGUCUAUGGGCUCAUCGGACCCCCACAACCGCAUCAUCGUCCCCUCGGCCUCGAACCCCGCCUACGAGACGACGGCGGUCGAGCUCUCGAGUACGGAGCCCGUCAACACGCGCGCCAACACCCUCGCCAUCUCAGAAGGCGUCGGCGCCGUCGGCCGCGAGGCGACGUGGGAUGACUUCCCCAACGGCCGCUGGGGUGAUGCCCGCUCCCCAGCUUACGGUGAGAUCGACGGCUACGGCGUCAGCCUGCACAUGUCUGUGACGCAGGCUGUUCGCCUCUGGGGCACACCCAAGACGGUUCAGGACAUCAACAACAUUUUCAUCCGUCACAUCAAGGGCCAACUCAGCGCCAUUCCCUGGUCCGAGGAGGAGCUCCUCCCAGAGUCCAACAUCAUCCAGCAGGAGCUCCUCGAGCUUAACACUCGCGGGUGGUGGACCGUCGCCUCCCAGCCCGCCGUCAAUGGCAUCCCGUCGCGCGACCCGACCUUCGGCUGGGGUCCUCAGCAUGGCUUCGUCUUCCAAAAGGCCUUUGUCGAGCUCUUCAUCCCCUCGUCCGACUGGGCCAGCCUCGUCGCACGCCUCAACGAGGUGACGGACAACACCAUCUGCUUCUACGCCGCCAAUGCUGCCGGUGAUUUUGUGUCCUCGGACGCGAGCGGCGGGCUCGUCCUCGAAGGCACCGAAGCCAGCACCAACGCCGUCACGUGGGGCGUCUUUCCCGGCAAGGAAAUCAUCACCCCCACCAUUAUCGAGGAAGUCAGCUUCCGCGCCUGGGCGGAGGAGGCUUUCAAUAUCUGGGGCGAGUGGUCCAAGGUCUACGGCAAGGGCAGCGAGAGCGAGAGCCUGUUGGAGCGGAUACGCUCCGAUUACUGGCUCGUCAACAUCAUCCACCACGACUACAUCGAUAGGGACGCGCUGUGGAAGCUGCUGUCGGGUGAGAAGGAAAACUAG